GAUAAGAAUUGCAUUAGCGCGAUUAGGCUAAAGAGGUUCUCGAUGCUGUCCGAGAAAUCAAUGAUUUUAUAGUGCUUGAUAAUUAAGGACUUCGCGGUGCCAGUAGCAUCUACGUGUUAUGAUAAUUGGUUAUACACGUUAUCGAACUGACGGAAGGAAAGGAUGAAAACGAGAGAUACAAACGUUAUGUUAGAAAUAAUAAAUUUUUCUUCAUGCUAUUAAACCUUCCAGCAAGAAUAUGAAAAGAAUUUCUUUCGUCACUUCGAGAAUGGCAUAUAGAAUAUGCAGUAAUAAUACGCCGAUUGAAUUUCCAUUAAAUGGAUCUCUGUACAACGGAGUGAAUAAUACGUUCGUUACGAGAGAGUUUCCGGCAGCAUCGCAACAAACGACUUAUUGCUUCGGUAACUCAAGGACUUGCACGAAACGUUGGAUCCAAACGGGGGCACGAUUAACCAGUGACGGCAAAACACCAGGAGGAGUCCAAAGUAAAAAAAAAAGAAGCAAGAAUAUGGUCUUUGUGUCCUCAUAUCACGAGGCAGAACGGCAUAUGCGAAGCAACUGGGAGCCAUAAGCCAAAGAGCGGCAUUGAGAACCCCCUCCUGCGAGUCUCACCAUAGCGGGGGAUCACCCCGAGUGCAACGUUCCGUCGGCGCACGCAAGGAUCGUGAAUCGAAGGCGUAUGGAUGGGUGGUGGGAGUCGCGCAAAGGGCGCAAGCUUGACUGACUCGCGUGAGAGAAGGGAUAAAGGUUCUCGAGGCGUAGAUAUCGAUCGAUAUCUUCGAUAUUUGCGAUCGAAUCUACUACACUGAGAAAAAAUUUCCGAACAUUUAUUUGUGGGAUGUAAAGUUUACUUGUGUGAAUAAACUUUAUAUCCCACAAAGAGAAGUUUUUAAGUAUUUUCUUC